CUCUCACACUCUCUCUCUCUCUCUCUCUCUCUCUCACACACACACACACACACCGCACAUGGGCGUGCAUUUCCAGCCACCGUGCAGCUCCUGACGGGCUGCGCGGCGACUCCCAAAAUAGUAGUGCGAAUUCAGGAAGCCCAGAGGGGAAGAAGAAGGAGACAAGAAGGAGAAGAAAUGGCCGAAGAACUCUCACCGAUAACUCGACAAGUGACUAGAGGAAACCGAGAAACCCGGAGCCCGCCUCUCGGUGUUCGCCUCGAAGACGUGGAAGGCUGUUUCGUGUACGACCGGCACGGGGACUCCGCUCCCUUCAAGGAGUUGUAUCGAGACAGGAAGUCGGUCCUCAUCUUUGUGCGGAAUUUCUUGUGCUACAGCUGCAAAGAGUACGUGGAGGAUUUGAGCAAAAUACCCAGGGAGGCGCUGGAGGCGGCUGACAUCGGACUGGUCGUGAUUGGUCAGUCUGCUCAUCGUCAUAUAGAGCCAUUCUGCUCGCUGACGGGCUAUCCUUAUGAAAUAUAUGUGGACCCGGAGAGGUGCAUUUAUCAAAAGCUUGGGAUGAGGAGAGAGGAGAAAUUUACAGACUCUGCAAAUCCUAGCCCCCAUGUGAAGUCUGGUGUUUUUGUGGGCCAUAUGAAGAGCAUAUGGAGGGCCAUGACGAGCCCCGUGUUCGAUUUUCAGGGUGACCUGCAUCAGCAAGGUGGAGCCAUCAUUGCAGGGCCAGGCUCGCAAGUUCAUUUUUCCCAUUUUGACAUGAACCGCCUGGACCACAUGCCAAUUCCCUGGCUGCUGCAGCUCGCCGGAGUUCAACAGACACUGGACUUCAGCGACAAGCCAAAGAUCAUCCAUGUAUAGCCUGCAGGCUGCCUGAAAGUGUGCUGCACCACCACAUCACUGCUAUUAUCACACAUGCAGAGGGGUACAUUUUGCUAGUUUAGCUACAUCACCAUUAUGCACCAAUAGACUGAACAAGAAGAGAUCGGGCAGCAUCAUUCUCUGUGGCACAUAUUACUGAGUGCAUUGUUUGUCAUUCCUGUACUGGGUAACGACUUGAGUAUAUUUAUAUAUAUAUGUGUGUGUGUGUGUGUGUGUGUGUGUGUGUGUGUGUGUGUGUGCCUUUAUUCAACCAGGAAUUGAGAAACCCAUGACAAACAUUUUACUGUAAGCUAGUUGUCAAUGUAACAAAACAAAAAGAUAUUAGAGUUUAUAUCGAGGUGUGAAACCUUUUUCUUGAUCUUUAGGUUUGACCCUCCCUCGGGGCCCUGAUGACAAAAGCCUGGUCACCCUUAGUUACCAGCCUUGAGUUAUAGGAACUAUAUUAGGGUUACUGCUUCGACCACAGGGAGCUUUAUAAGUUAUUGAAAGAAUCUUUAAAUCAAUCUUAAAUCUAACUGGCUGCCAAUGAAGGGAGGCAAGAAUUGGGUAGAUAUGGGCCCCUAUAUACGCUUGGUGUUGGUCAAAAUGCGAGCAGAAGCAUUGUGCACUAGCUGAAGCAGAGACUCUGUGGAUUGAACUAUUGUUAGAGGUGUAUGCACCCAUUACUCUCACUGCCUUUUCUUGUGCAUACUAGUGUGGUUAUUAGUGAUGAACACUUGAUGUACACUGUAUUUGACCUUGUCACCCCUUUUCAUACCCACUAUCCUCAUUUGCUCGGUAUUUAUUACACUGUAAAUAGAGUUGAAUUGCUAUC